GGGGGUGUUCUAUACAAGCAGAAUCUUGUUCAGAAUGAGGUCCAAUGGGCAUCAUGUCAUAGGCCGCUUUAGCGGAAAUCACCCCAAAGCAAAGGAUGUGUGGUUUACAAACCGCCAUUGGGGCCAAAAGACCCUUUGCAAGGGAGGUAGCAAAAAAACCAACAACCCAGGCCUCCUGCAAGGGGGUGGCGGUGGUCAUGGAAUAGUUCUAUUUCAUCGUAUCCCAAUGUGGAAUGUUUACAAAUUGCUCAUUAAGAGAAAGGAGGCUUGGAAGAUAGCAACAGAAAUCUGCUCAACAGCUUACACUAGAGGAGAUAAGAGAGUGAAAGCUACUAUAGGAGACACAGCAGGCCAUAUCCAAUUACUGAGACCUGGACGAUGGGGGUGGAGUGGGGUGGGGGACGAGAGCGGGAGAGUGUCCGAUCACAAGUUCCUAGCAAAGAGCUUCCAAACUUGUCAACCGCCUGUGACACAAGCCGUAUAUAUCCAUCGCGGGGGGGAUAAAGCCGUCACAUAGACGGCACCAGAGCAAAACUUGGUUGAGUCCUUGGGGGGCAGCUCAAAGGAAGCCAUGGGGUCCGCCGUCUUCCACCUCUGGGCCUCUCUGCUGUUUCUGGCCCACCUUGCCAACAGUAGCCCUAUCGUGGGUUUAGAAGAUGUCCCAGUUCUGGACGAAGAGGAGCUGUUCUUUGACGAGCAGGACACACGACUUCAGGACUUCCAAAACGAAUUCCUGAAGGUGCUCAACCUCUCUGAGGUCCCCUUGCAAGACGCAAGCAAGGUGGAGCCUCCAGAAUACAUGUUGGAGCUCUACAACAGGUUUGCCACCGACAAGUCCUCCAUGCCGUUGGCCAACAUAGUCAGAAGCUUCAAAAAUGAAGAACCAAUGACACAAUCCAUUCACUUCAAUGGAGUAUGGAGGUACCCUCUUCUUUUCAAUGUCUCGAUCCCUCACCACGAAAAGAUCACCAUGGCCGAACUAAGACUUUACACCCUGGUGGAAGAGGAGAGAAUGUUCUACAAUAGCCUGGAGAAGGUGGUCACCAUUUUUGAGGUCCUGGAGGAUGAGCAGGGAGGGGAAGGAGAAAGGAGACUGAACGUCCUGGCCUCCAGGCAUAUCUACAGCCUGGGCAGCGCAUGGAAAACCUUUGAGGUCACGGAGGCCAUCCGGAAGCGCCAUCACGCCACAUCCACCACUCACCGGCUGGAAGUCCAGAUCGAGAACAGAGGGGGUAGACGGUCCAGCAGCAGAGGCAAAGCAGACAGAGACCUUGAUCCGGAAACCAAGCACGAGCCUUUAUUGAUUGUGUUCUCAGACGAUCACAGCCAUCUCAGGAAAGAGGAGAAGCAGGAACUGGCCGAGAUGAUCGAACACGAGCAGGAUUUGCAAAACCUGGACAUGGAGGACUUCCACACCAGACCCAAUGAAGAGAACCUGCUCCAGAUCAGGUCGAACGUCAUCUACGACUCCACGUCCCGGAUAAGGAGAAAUGCCAAGGGAAGCACCUGCAAAAGGACUUCCCUCCACGUGGAUUUCAAGGAGAUCGGCUGGGAUUCCUGGAUCAUCGCGCCCGUCAGCUACGACGCCUACCAGUGUAAGGGAGCCUGCUCCUACCCUCUGGAUAGCCACCUCACCACCGCCCACGCCAUGGCACGGACUCUGGUUCACUUGAACAACCCCCAGAAGGCUUCUCCGGCUUGUUGCGUCCCUACCAAACUGGAUUCCAUCUCUUUGCUGUACUUAGAAAAAGGAGUGGUGACCUUCAAGACAAACUAUGAGGGCAUGUCCGUCUCUGAAUGUGGCUGCAGAUAGUAGCGGGAGGAAUCCGCCACAAGUGUUUGGGCCUUCCGCCUGGGUUCAAUGGUUCCACAACUGUAAAUGUGUACAGUUUUGAUUUGUACAGAUUGAGUAAGCUAAUUUAAUAAGGAGUGUACAGAUAAUACGAGAUGCAGGAAAUGUGCCGCUGACUGUGAGGUCUGUCUGUCUGUCUCUCUCUGUGUGUGUCUCCAUUAUUUCCUGCUGUGGAGGAAGGGGGUGUAAGCUGAACUAGCUAGCAGAACAGCUAGAAAAUACAGGCAGCAGAAUCCAAAGGUUAGAAAAACAUGGCCCAAAUCCCUCUGUGUCUUCACCCUUACGUAACACAGUGGGUGUAAGAGGAGAAGACUCCAGACACUUUCGAGAACAAGUCCCCAAGGGAGUGUGAGCCGCCAUGUCAACCAGGCCUCUCAUCUCUUGCCUCUGUGUCUCUAGAGUAAGCCUGCCCCUCAACAUCAGUGGCCGGAGAGAAACCACCAGGGGAAUACUGUGGUUUGCACGUGAUGGGUUUGAGAGAGCCAGGUGGCCAAGGUUCCACUACAUGAGAUGGGUUCUUGAACUGGUGAUGGACCACUCUUCCCCCCCCCCCAGUAUCCCAGCCAGCCUUUUUCAUGCAGUUUUGGACCCCCACAAGGCAGCUAUGAUCCCUCCCUGAUCUCCUUCUGCUGGGACAGAAAGCUCCAUUCCUCCAAAACAUUUGGGGGAAGUGUCUAGAAAGGGUCUGCAGAAAAGGACAGACAUGGUGGAGAAUUUGCUCCAUCAUUUUUAGCAGCGUUUACCCUCGUCCCUGGAAUGAACUUAAAUCCAAUGUAGUGAUGCAGGGGGUGGGGUGGUCUGGUCACCAGCCAAGAUGCCACAGUGGUGGCUCACAGUAGAGGCCUUGGGGAGCCCAGAACAUCCCCAUAGGAAUGGGAAAGCAUGUGCCCUUGACGGCCCCUCCUGCUUACCAGCAUUGAUUUAAAUGUUCAAGGUUCCUUAUUCUUCCUCUCUCUUUGAAGACCGUCCUAUCCUGGCUGUUUGGUGCAGCCCUCCGGCAUUCCAAGCCCAGCCAUACCUUCUAGUGGUAAAAAUGCUGGUUUUGGGGUGUUCAGCUUAAAAUCUAGUGCCUUUUCCAUCUUCUCUGCAAACGAUUCGUUCUGCAACCAAGCCAUUGGCCAUUUUUGCUCAACCAAGACCUCCUGCGCCUGGCCUCUUCCUUAAGAUGCUGUGGCAGCGGGAAGGAAUUAUCAUGAAAAUCAAAAUGGUCCACCUCAAAGAAAAAAAUGGAGAGGGACUUCCCUUUCCUGAGGCGGUCAAUUCACAAGGCCAUACAGUACUUUUACCCCACUCCCCACUUCAACCAUAUAGGGUGGAGUCACAUGCCAUGUUCCCACCACUCUUCCCUGACAAAUUGUUGCGAUAAGGAGGUGUUGGAGCUGAGAAACAAUAGGGCCUGGUUCUUUAUUUAUACUAAGCUGGAAAUUUGUCAGAUUCUUUGGAAAGCGACGGUGCUGCCUCCCUUCCCCUCCAUCGCUGUCUACUGUACAGUCCUCUAUCUCUCUUUUACACUUUUUAAGGCAAAGUUAUCUUCCCUACAUGAGAUAAGAGAUUUGUCUCGGAGAGAACAGAGGAGGGCUUUUUAUGGGGAAUCAGUCCCAAAGACCAUCAACUCAACCUCCAUCCAUGCAGCCAUUAUUUAUUGAUCUAUUUAUUGUCCUUGUAAUAUAAUGUAGAAUACAAAAUGUUUUAUUUUUGUGCUUCUAUGUAGAACACGCUUGAAUAAUCCUGUGUAUUGGAUCACACUGCAUAAUUUUGCGCUAGUAGCUGCAGAAAAUGUUAUGGACUUUCUGGGUCAUUUUCUCUGUAAAUAAUUGACUUUUUUUCUAAAAAAAAUUAAGUAUAAUGCAAAAUAUAGUGAAA